UUAUCUGAUUUUCAGGUACCGGAGGUGGAAGCUCGGGGAGGACAUUGACCUCAUUGUGCGCUGUGAGCAUGAUGGAGUGAUGACCGGUGCAAAUGGAGAAGUCUCUUUUGUCAAUGUCAAGACCCUGAAUGAGUGGGACUCCAGACACUGCAAUGGAGUGGACUGGAGACAGAAACUGGAUUCCCAGAGAGGAGCGGUUCUGGCCACAGAGCUGAAGAACAACAGUUACAAAUUGGCCCGUUGGACCUGCUGUGCCAUUCUCGCAGGAUCGGAGUACCUCAAAUUAGGGUACGUCUCCCGUUAUCAUGUCAAGGACUCAUCUAGGCAUGUCGUCUUGGGCACACAGCAGUUCAAGCCCAACGAGUUUGCCAGCCAAAUUAACCUGAGCAUGGAGAAUGCCUGGGGCAUCCUGCGCUGCGUGAUCGACAUCUGUCGCAAACUGGAGGAGGGCAAAUACCUCAUUCUCAAAGACCCUAAUAAGGCAAGGAGGAAGCUGUGCUGGGUUUCAAGUCUCAGAAUUGAGAUAUUUGAUGUACUGCAACAAAGCAGGAAGCACCAAAUGUCUAUUGAGGAGUAAUUUUCUCUUAUUUGUAUAUAAAACCCAUCUAAACAUUCUUUAAUAUGAACACACCUUGAGUAGAAAUCAAAUACACUGCAUGGUAUCAGUGGUGUUAAUUUUAGUUGCAAUACUAUGCC